CCUUACUCCUUAGUCAAUCUCCUCAGUUUGAUUCUACACAAAAGAUUAAUUGUUCGGAAAAGCGCUUCUCUCCACCUCACCCCUAUAAAAAAGCCCCUCCAUUUGCUUACUCCCCACCCAACACAAACUUAAUUCCUAGUAGUAACAUAGCUUUCCCAAAGAAGAGCACAAAAGAGCGCUUCUUCAGUAGAUGUGCUUCUCCAAUUGAUACCAACUAAGUAUUAAGCACGCUAAUUGCUGUAAUUAAUGGAGAACACCUUUUCCCCUCUAAUCGCGGAGCUAACGCAAAUUAAGGAGCUUAUGAUGCAGCUAGAGGCGCAACUGGAUCAGCCGUUUCCGAUUGAGUUGAGCAAGUCCAUGGUGUCGAAAGCGCUUCUCGCCACCGAGAAGUCGAUCUGCAUGGCGAAUAAGUCGAGCUUCUGCUGCCCCAACUGCGGGCCGGAGGGGGUGUCGCCGCCGCACUCCGCUAGCGGCAGCCCCCGGAGUGAGGGCUCCGACCAUGCGUCUAAGUUUCACGAACGAAGGGAAUUCCUGAAGAAAAGGAAGGCACUGCCAACAUGGAGGAGUCAAGUAAAGGUGGGCGCAGAGAGUGGAUUUGAAGCUCCUUUGGAUGAUGGAUAUAGCUGGAGGAAAUAUGGCCAAAAAGAUAUUCUAGGAGCCAAAUAUCCAAGGGGCUACUACCGAUGCACCCACAAAAACACGCAGGGUUGCGCCGCCUCAAAACAGGUCCAACGAACGGACGAGGACCCAACGGUCUACGACGUCACCUACCACGGGGUCCACACGUGCCAACAGAGGCCCCACCCCCUCCCCGCACGUGCGAAGGACCAUGAGCAAAUUACCCACCGUGGCCCGGCCCACGUCGGCCCACUCCACCCUCUCCGACCGGGCCUCGCCGUUAAGACCGAAGGCGCUUUCGGCCCGUCGUCGGCCCACGAACAGUUGAAUUUUGUCCCCUUCGCAUUUCCCUCCACAACUAUUGAGAGCAGCAACAACAACAACAACAACAACAACAUCUAUUUCUCAUCUCACGCCUGGGAGGAUUGCUUUCCGGCGGCCACCGUCGGCGGUGGAUUCUCUCCGUCCUUCGCCUCCCCGGCCACCUCCGAGUCGAACUACUUCUCCCCGCCUUUAAGAGGGCUCAGGCUUCAUAAGUCGGAGUCUGACCUCACUGAGGUGAUCUCCGCGGCCACAUCCACGACCAAUUCGCCGAUGGCGGACAUGGAUUUUAUGCUCGACGGACUCGAGUUGCACCCGAGUUUCCAUCUUGAUGCUUCUAGCUUCUUCUCAUGAACUUUGCACUUAGGGGCGCAUAAGUAGAUAUGGCCAAGUAAUUUUGGCUUUUUUUUAGGCUUUAUAUAGGUUGAAUAUGUAUGCAUGGUAGGUAUUCUUUGCUAUGAUGGUUCCUUUCUUAAGGAGAGCUUUUUUUUCUUUUAGGGGAUUUCUAUGUCUUCUUUUGGACUAAUUAAGUCACGAGGAGUAAUGAUUGUAGUGACAAAGAUUUAGGUGAUUUAAUCAUGUCUUUUUUCCAAAAAAUGUAAGCUUGUUGUAUAAUCAAGUUGGUGGUUUGCACUUCUUCUAGAGUAAUAACUUUGGUAGCUGA